AUGCGUACUCUGCUCCUCCUCGGGGGAAUGACCCCUGAUGUGACUGAGCUGUAUUAUCGGACCAUCAACAAUAUCGUGCGCACUCAUGUAGGCGGUCGCUCCGCCGCCCCUCUUUACAUGUACAGCGCCAAUCUGGAGGAGAUGAUACAGCAUGCUUCAAAGAAGGACUGGUCCAGCUUUGCUUCCGUGUACAACGAUCCAAUCAAAGCUCUGACUUCCGGAUCCCAACGAAUUGACGGGAUUGUCGUUUGCGCUAUCCUUGCUCACAAAGUUACGAGUCGACUCAUCGCCGAGUCUAAAGUCCCUCUACUCCACAUAGCUGAUUGCCUUUCGACGUACAUCAAGAAGACUCACCCACAUAUUACGCGUCUUGGUCUUCUCGGUCCAAAAAUCACAAUGCUUGACUCUGAAGAUCACGAUUUCUUUGUUGGUCGCUUACAAAGCCCUCAGCAUGGCUUUGAAGUAAUCAUUCCUCAGGGCGACCUUGACAUCGAGGAGGUCAACAGAGGGAUGCUGGAGGAAGUCGCAAAAGGGCGAACAUGUGUGACCGAAUCGACAAAAGCUAUGUUUGUCUCGCAGGCACACCGUUUGAUUGAACGAGGGGCUCAAGCUAUUGUACUUGGAAGCACUGACCUUGGCUUUGUCUUUGAGAAAGAUGCUCUCCCAAAAGAUAUCCCUGUCAUUGAUCCGGCGGAAAUUCAUGCGAAGCAUGCUGCGGAGUGGAUUUUACAGCUAAACUAA